AUGAGCGAGUCUCUCGGCAAUCUGAAAUUGGAUUACGUUGAUUUGUAUCUAAUCCAUACUCCGGUUGGACUGAAAGAUCGAGGUGAUGGAACUCUUGGUCCCAUUAAGGAAGAUGGCACAGCCGAUUUGGAUUUCGAAACAGAUCACGUCAAGUUGUGGAAGGCUAUGGAAGAUCAGGUGAAGCAAGGAAAAGCAAAAGCGAUCGGCCUGAGCAAUUUUAAUGUCGGACAGAUUCGGAGGAUUCUCGACAACUGUGAAAUUCCCCCGGCAAAUCUUCAGGUCGAAAUUCACGCGUAUCUUCAACAGAAAGAACUUCGCCGAAUGUGCGAAGAACGCGGCAUAACUGUGUGUGCAUACGGACCACUCGGUUCUCCGGGACGCUUUCAGCUUUACACAAAAAACAAUGUAUCAGUUGCGACGAUUCCAGUGGACCUUCUGAGUCACAAAGUCGUUAGAGGAAUUGCCGAGAAACACGGGAGAACCUGUGCACAAAUUCUACUGAGACAUUUGACCCAACAGGGUGUAGUCGUGAUUCCGAAAUCAGUUACGCCGGCACGCAUAAUCGAGAACAUCCAGGGUAUCAGAAUUCCUUGGGAAGCGCAACAUUUGGACAAAACUUCUUACGCACACAUGCAAAUGCAAAAUUUUUCACAGCGAUUUGGCUUCACGAAUAACUCGACGCCUAAUCUGAGAUCCGCGAGUUCAGAUAUUGAGCUCAAAGCCCCGGAUCUUAAGACUUCAACAAUUGACUUCCUGAAUGCUGUUCUUAGCAAUGUGGGGAAACACAAAGCUUACAUCGUUUUCCACUCCGCCCUGACCGACGUGCUUGGACGACGUGACGUGGUUCAGUUGCCAGCAGCUCUUUUCCAGAACGACUCGGCCAUUGCUUACUCCUCUCAACUCGGAACCACGGCAGGAGCAAACCUCAACAUCGCUCCGAGACUUCUCAUCUUCGUCGGCAACUUCACUCCGGACACGUUACUCGGCUCCAAAUUCAUCGUAGAGGAUCAGAGACAACCGAGGCUAACCAUCAUAUUCCUCUACGAGAAAGAGUUCACGUACACGUCGGACGUGGACAAGUUCUUUCUGCACAAAUCUUUCGAAGAUAACCACAGGAUAGCAUUGGCAACGAUGAACGACACAGAUAACGGCUUCGUGAUGCGGAAGAAGUGCAAGUUCUGCAAUAAUGGGUUCCCCGGAUGGAGACGAGUCAAUCGCUGGGAUCCUGUGGCAGGUUUCGAAGCCGGAAGCAUGGAUCUCGAGUUCCGCGGGGAACGGAACUUAAAGGAGAGGAACAUCGUCAUGAUCACUGACGAUUUCCCUCCUUACACCUCUUUCGUUCCAGGCGGAGAUCCACUCAAGCCGAAACUUUCGACGAACAAUGUUUGUGGGCAGUUGCCGAAAAUCAACAGGCUUAGAUAA